AUGGGUAACACUCCGGCAUCACAGCAGGGUUCGGGCUCAGAGGGUCCCACAGCAGACUUGUCUCAUAAGUAUGCUAGAUUGCAAGAAUUGGAGAAGGGUCGCCAACAUAGUAUAACUUCCCAAUUAUUCCCAAGCCGAAAAACAAGGCAUUCAGCAGUCGAAACUGCUAGUAGAAAUCGUAAGCAUACGCUUUCUGGUCCCUCGGUAUUCAAAACAAAUUAUUCAAUGGCACAUUCGCAGGACAAUUUGUCAGGUUCUACAGAAUCUAUUAGGGAUGAUAUGGCAGGACUUACAUUAAAGAAGUCAAAUGACCAUAAUGCAGAGACACCAUCUUUUCUAAGUCCCGGGCCAUCCGCUUCAACCGUUCAGCCAACAAGGGAGGACGCCCUAUCGGUCGGUGACUUGGGGGGACAUUUAAUUCCAGCAGAUUCCGUAAGUCGAAGCAAUCCAGAUUUUUCAAGUUCGCAUCGUCCUAGUGUUGUGGCAUUGAUGAACUCACUUCGCAAAGAUGGGGACACAUCGGUUAUCUCUUCAAAGGCAACAACAAGAUCGCCAUCAAUGGAUAUUUACGGAGCGCUAAGUUUAAAAUCACAGUCAAAUGGAGCUGAUAAAUCAAUGGAUUUCGAAAAUAUUCUUGAUGAUGGCUAUUUGCAAAGUGAAGAUAUUGUUUUAAAUCAGUCACUUUUACAAAACGUCCUGAAAAAAGAUAUGAAAAGGAAAAGAUCAAUUAACAAUGGACAUGAUUCGAAAAAAUCUAAUAUCACCACAAAUACAAGUCACGAAGCGAGAUUGAAGGUGAGCAGUACUUCUUUCUCUUAUGAAAGUUUGGAAAGUGGAGCAUUACCAGAACUGAAAAAACCGAAGUCGCUAAGCACCGAUGAAGGGGUUUUACCCUCGUUUCAUUCAACUUCCGUAAGGAACGAAAAUCAAGACCGGUCCCCUUCUUUUCCUCAUCCUCAUCUUGGCAUAACUGAUUUUGACCGAAUUGACUCUUUUGAGAAAAAAUCUGUUGAGCAUAGAGAAGGUGCAGAAAGUUUACCUCACUCUUUUUCUUCCAAUUCUUUCAGUGAGUCGGAGAGAGUAAAUGUAAUUCUGAAAUUCAGAGAUCAAAUAGACAACAAUGCCUCCAAAGUUGCACUUAUUAGUGCUGAUAUUCUUUCGGCCCUAAACUACCAACCUUCGUCAAUAUCUGGUGGUUUGCCAUUGCAAUAUGAUAACCAUGAUGGGUGUUGGAUUGUUCCUGACUUAAAGCUACCCCCUGGAAUCUACAAACUCCAAUUUUUGGUUGAUGGUUUCGUUAGACAUUCAAAUUUCUUGCCCAGUGCGACAGACUCUGUCGGAAGCAUAGUUAACUGGUUUGAAGUGCUUCCUGGGUAUGAGACCAUUGAACCGUACAGAGAACAAAUAGAUUUUGUUACCUGCAACGGAAACGAAAAUAAUGAUAAUAUCCCCCCACAUGCUGACAAAGCUGUUAAUGAUAAUGAUAAUAUUGAUGAGAGUUAUAGCGGUAAAAGCACUGAUCGUACAAGUCAACACACUUUAAUUGCACAACCUGUGCCUGCAAGAGUUGCGCGACCUGUACUUGCAGGACGUCAUACGUCGUCGUACUUCAAACAAGACCGUACAGGAACACCAUAUUCAGAUUAUAAAGGUAUCAGCAGGACAAGUUCUGCUGUGAGAAAAUCACCUCCUGGACAUCAGACUGUAAGUAGUUUCGAUCUUUUAACCGCCUUGCAACCGAAAAAGUAUGAAUACUCUUCAGAAAUACCCGAACUUUUUAAAGCUGGUAAUAUGUUAGGACAAAGUGACGAAAAUACUUUACAACAACCCACUGCUCCGCCACUAUAUGAACUAUCAAGCACCACAAGUAACAUUCUAGAUUGUGAUCAAGACACUUUAUUCGCAAAAUUGCAACAAGGUGGAUUACUAGAUGCAGAAACUGCAGAGCAAGAAUUUUUGGAACAAUACGUUGUUCCAGAUUUACCCAUCUACCUAAAUUCAACCUAUUUGAAUAAGAUAUUUUCCGAAUUUCAGAACAACUCAUAUAAUGGUGUUGCGGAUGGAAUAAACCAUAUAAUACCACAUGUCAACCUGAAUCAUUUGUUGACAAGUAGUAUAAGGGAUGAGAUGAUCAGUGUAGGCUGUACAACUCGUUAUGAGGGUAAAUUUAUUACCCAAGUGAUAUAUGCACCUUGUUAUUAUGCCAGUCAUCCAACAGAGUAG